AUGGCGUCGGAGGCUAUUGGACGCCCACACAUGCCUGCCUACUGGUCUCUGGGAUUUCAGCUCUCCCAAUGGGGUUAUGGCAGCAUUGAGGUUUCAAAGGAAACAGUUGAUUGCAUGCGCUACUACGACAUCCCCUAUGAUCCUUUCAUAAGUAAGGAUGAAGAACCAGGUACUUACAGGCCUUAUGAUCUUGGAGAAGAAAUGGGAGUCUGGGUGAAUAAUUCUGAUGGCGUAACUGCUGCUGUUGGAAAGGUCUUGCCUGAUGGAUAUGCUGUGUUUCCUGACUACACUGACCCAAGGACAGUUGACUGGUGGACCCAGUUGUGUCUGGAGUUAAAGGAUGUCCUUGACUACGAUGGAAUCUGGAUUGAUAUGAAUGAAACAUCCAGUUUGGAAAGAGGCCAGUAUCCUGGAUGUGCUGUUAAUGAUAUCAAUAAACCUCCUUACAUUCCUAGCAUUUCGGAUCGCUCUCUGGCUCAAAAGACCCUGUGUCCUGACUCCAAGACUUACCUGGGAGAACACUGUAAUACGCUCUCUCUCUUUGGCUGGUCACAGACUGCACCAACUUUCCACGCUACUCAGAUGGCAAUUGGAAAAUGAGCAUUUGUCUUAAGUCAGUCUACGUUCGUCGGACGUGGGAAACACGGAGGUCACUGGCUCGGUGACAACUUUUCACAGUGGAAAGACAUGCACCAGUCAAUAAUUGGAAUUCUGGAAUUUAACCUCUUUGGGAUUCCCUAUAUUGGUGCUGGUAUCUGUGGGUUUAACUAUAAUACUAGCUAUGAACUCUGCUUGCGAUGGAUGCAACUUGGCUCUUUCUAUCCAUUUUUGAGAAACCACAAUGCAGAGAAAAAUAGCGAACAAGACCCAGCAGCGUUCGGAGCAGAGUUUGCGAAGAUAUCUCGAGAAGCGCUUCAGAUCAGACACUCAUUGCCACCGUACUUAUACACCUUAUUCUUUGAGUCUCACGUUCAUGGAAACACAGUGGCACGAUCACUGAUGCAUGAAGACUUGUGCAAAAAGAGUGCAAAUAAUGCAUAUGAAAGGCUACUGCCCAAAGCUCUGGCACAAUUUAGUCUCACUGGUAUGGGCUACGCCGUGGACAUCUGA